UGUCAAAUUAAAAUUAUUUGUUUUUCAAAAUUUGAAUUAGUUUUAAAGUUUAUUUUGAUUAAUAAGUCGGAAUAAGUAUUACAAAUAAUUAGCUAUGUAGAAUAAGUGUCUGUUUAAAUAUCUACGACUAAGAUUUAAAGUUUAACAUUUUUAAAAGGUUUUGUAAAUAAUGUUGACGUGUUUUCAUCAGCUGAAGCCGCAACGUCAAAAAAUGUCAUAUGAGCCACGUUGGAAGUGACAAAUUUGUAAAUAGUAUUGUGGGUGCCUUAAAUGAUUAGUUAUUUUUGUUAAGAAGGUUUUAUAUAUUUAAAAAAACAUGAAGGUAAAGGACAUUGAGCGCACAGCCAAUGUAGCCUGGUCCCCCAAAAGUUGUUAUCCUAUUUACGUGGCGGCAGGCACAGCAGCCCAACAGUUAGAUGCCUCGUUUAGCACUAAUGCCAGUCUAGAAAUAUAUGCAUUAAAUAUUACUGAACCUGGACCAGACACCCAGUUAGUCUCCUCUUUGUCGACAGAAUCUAGAUUUCACAAGAUAAUAUGGGGCUCGGCAGGUAAUAAUCCAGCAGGAACCAUUAUUGGAGGUUGUGAUGAUGGUGUAAUACAAAUUUAUAGCGCUUCGAAAUUAUUGAAGUCAACUGAAGCUUUAAUUGGAAAACAACAGAAACAUACCGGACCUGUUCAUGCUUUGGAUUUUAACUGUUUUCAGCAGAAUUUAUUUGCCACGGGAGCUGGAGAAUCUGAAAUAUUCAUUUGGGAUUUAAAUAACACAUCAACUCCAAUGUCACCAGGUGCCAAGACUCAACCUUCAGAAGAUGUUCUAUCUGUAGCUUGGAAUAAGCAAGUUCAGCAUAUUCUAGCUUCAUCUUUCGCCUCAAAGUGUGUAAUUUGGGAUUUGCGUAAAAACGAACCUAUUAUCAAACUCGCCGACACAGUGUCUAGAAUUAGAUGGAAAAUGGUAACUUGGCAUCCUGAAGUAGCUACUCAACUUUGCCUUGCUUCAGAGGAAGAUCAUUCACCUGUUAUACAAAUGUGGGAUCUCCGUUUUGCUACGUCUCCCUUAAAAACGUUAGAAAAUCAUCAGAGAGGCGUCCUAGCGAUAUCUUGGUGUACUGAUGAUUCAGAUCUGCUUGUUAGCUGUGGUAAAGAUGAUAGAAUUCUUUGUUGGAACCCCAAUUCAGGACAAUCAAAUGGAGAAGUAUUGUCAGAGAUAGCAAGAACCAACCAAUGGAGUUUUGAUGUUACUUGGUGUCCAAGAAAUCCAGCCCUUAUUGCUUGCCCAAAUUAUGAUGGACAUGUUUCUGUUUACUCAGUGAUGGGUGGCAAAACACAACAAAUACAAACUACUAACAAGAUAGCUGAUAGUUUUCCUGGUAUGGAGGGUUAUAUACAAGCGCCAGCUUUACAGCAAAAUAAUGCAGUGGUCAGUAACGACCUAACAAAACCACCAAAGUGGCUUAAAAGACCUGUAGGAGCAAGUUUUGGGUUUGGCGGUAAGCUGAUAACUUUUGAAAAUAACAAGCAAGUUGCAAUACAGACCCAGCAAAUAGAUCAGAUUGGUCAGGUACUACCUCGUAUUCCCAGAACUGUAUUGAUCAGUCAAGUUGUCACUGAAGCCGAAUUUGUUCAGAAAGCAUCUCAAUUGGAGGAGGCACUCCAAGCAGGGAAUUUUGUUGAAUAUUGCUUGAAUAAAGCCAAUAGCACUGACGAUCAGCAUAAAAAAUAUAUUUGGCAUUACUUGAAGGCUAAUUUUGAACAAAACCCUAGAGCAGAGUUAUUAAAUCUCCUGGGCUACAAAAUAGAAGAUGUAAACAACAAACUAGCUCAGCAUAUAGGCAAACCAGUACUACAAGAUAAUGUAGAUGCGUUAACUGAUCAAUUCUCUGGCAACCGAAUUGAAGAUUAUGAGCCACAAGAUCCAUUUAAUGCAAUAGCGGAGCAGAAUGAUGCUAAACAAACUCUACAGCCAUUUAAAAUCAAAACUAAUGAUGAUAUUGACGGUUUGAUAACUCAGGCUCUUCUUCUGAACAAUGUUGAAUCUGCUGUGGAACUUUGUCUCAUGGCUGAAAGAUAUGCCGAUGCUCUGAUUAUAGCUACAACUGGUGGACCAGAUUUAUUAGCAAAAACUCAACAUCAUUAUUUAGAGAAGUCGGAGGGAUAUAUUUCAAAUUUAAUUUCAGCAUUAAUUUCUGAAAACUGGGUCUCAGUAGUUAACAAUUGUGAGAUUACUAGUUGGAAAGAAGCUUUAGCUGCAAUUUUAACUCAUGCUAGUGAAGAUGAUUUACCUGUUUUAUGUGAACAACUUGGAAGCCGACUGGAAUAUGAGAGCACUCAUUACCCAAAAUAUGCUCAGGAUGCCCAACUUUGUUAUAUCUGUUCUGGUAACUUUGACAGGUUAGUGACAAGCUGGAGUGGAAAAGCUUUAAACUCAACCAAAGAUCUACAAGAACUUGUGGAAUUAGUAUCAUUCCUACAGAGAUCUAUAGAGAGACAAGGAAAAAGAGUACAGGUCUCUAGUGCAUUGGCAGAUCUGUUAUCUCGUUAUGCUUCCAUUUUAGCAGCACAGGGUCAUCUUCAAAUUGCCCUUGUUUAUUUGGGAUCAUCGCAAAAUGAAAAAGUAGUUUCUCUAAGGGAUAGAUUGCUAACUUCUUUAGGCCAAAAGCCUUCAAAUGUCCAUGAAAUCAGGCAAUCUAGCAGCAGGAGAAGUAGCACAAGAACAUCAUUUACCACCAACUCUUUCCAUGGUCAAUUUAAUGGACCUCAGCAACAAUAUAACCCGAGCUUUAACACUGGCUUGCCCAAUGCCAAUGUGAACAGUCAGCCAUGGCAACCUCAGCAGGUACCUGUCGCACCUGUCGUCAAUCAACCACCAAAAGCAUUCUCUCCCCCACCACCACCCAGACCUGACAGUGUCGGUUCAGGAAGGGGAGGCACUUCUUCAGCUCAUUUAUCUCGAAAGUAUGUGUUAGAUCCUUCGGUAACAAGUAACCAGUUUCCUUCAAGAAACCCUUAUAUGUCACCCAUAUCCCAGGAACCAGUACCAACUUACGAUUCUUACAAUAAUACUCCAUCAUAUGGACAACAGCCUGCAGUUCAAAUGUACCAACCACCGCCAUCAGGUUUAGUAAACUCUCCACUACCAAAUCCCGCAUUAAAUUCGAACCCUAUGGUACCGAAUAUACCUCCGCAACCAACAGUAGAACAAGCGGAACCGGCGAUCAAUUAUCAUGCUCAAGCACCUCCAGGAUGGAAUGAUCCGCCUCCUGUAACAAACCGACUACCUAAACCACAGUACUUGUCCAGUCAACAAAUAAUGUCGCCAUUGCAUUCUGGCACAAAAUUGUGGAGAAAGGCUAAACAGGAGCCUGUAACAUCAGAACCCAUUACACAUCCACUAUAUGGUGCGGCCCCUGUACAACCUCAAACUUCAUUAAAUGGAUAUGGAGACACCAAUUCCUCAUAUUCACAACAACAGCCUAACUUUCAACAAGGGGUAUUUAAUCCACCGCCUACUCAGCCUUACCCUCCACCGCCGUCGACUUUUGCUCCUCCACAAUCAACCGUUGCUCCUCCAGCAUCAACAUUUGCCCCUCCACCCCCGACGUUUUCUCCUCAACCACAACCAUUCGCUCCCCAACACUCAACAUUUACUCCUCAACAGUCAACAUUUGCUCCCCAACAACCAACAUUUGCUCCUCCGCCUACAUCUUUUGCAGCUCCUCCUCAAAGUGGGGGGUUCAACCCAAGUAAUUUUAAUCAAAACGCGGUACGGGGCGGUGGGGUAACUCCUCUUCCAGCACAAUCGCCGGCUCCACCACAGCAAAUGGCAAAAAUCGAACAGCCUCAGCCUGUGCAGAAACCCCCAGUACCAUCGGAACAUGAAGUUAUUCAGAAAGUAUUUGAAGAUUUGAAAGAUAGAUGUUUGUGUGCAGCUAACAAUGCGCAAACCAAGAGGAAAUUAGAGGACGUAGGAAGAAGAUUAGAAGUUCUAUAUGAUUCACUUAGGUAUAAUAAAUUAUCUACAAAUGCAUCAAAAUCUUUACAUCAAAUCGUGCAAUAUGUACAAAAUGGAGAUUACACCAAUGGGUUAUAUCUUCACACCCAGUUGGUUCAAAGCCCAGAUUUUGCUCUGAUAGCUAGUUUCAUGCCAGGAAUUAAAGUUUUAUUACAAGUCGCUUUACAAUUGCAUGUUUACUUAAAUUAAGGCUGAAAAUGAAUGAUUAAAUAAAAAUAAUAUAACUAACAAUUCUUAUAUGUAAUGGUAUAAUAUAUAUUAUAUAAAUUGUUGUAACUGUUUUCAAUUUUAUUUUUUAGGUUGUAAUUAAAAAAACAUGCUUUUUCAUACU